AGGAGCUCUGUAGCUGUCCGCUCCCCGGCUUUCAUGUCAGGGGCCACACUGCUUGCGAGGUGCUUGCAGGGAGGAGGAUGAUGACCAUGAACGGCAAGCAGCAUUUCUCCAUGCACCCGGCUCUGCACGAGCCCAAGUAUCCCGGCCUGCACUCAGGCUCGGAGGGCAUGCGCAGAGUCUGUCUGCCCGCCCCGCAGCUGCAGGGCAAUAUAUUCGGAGGCUUUGAUGAGAGCCUGCUGGCACGGGCAGAGGCUCUGGCGGCUGCUGACAGCAUUGUCUCUCACGGCAAGAGUCACCCGUUCAAACCAGACGUGACUUACCAUACCAUGAGCAGUGUCCCCUGCACCUCAGCCACCUCUUCUUCCUCCACCACCGUGCCCAUCUCCCACGUCCCUUCCACCAUCGCCUCCCACCACCAUCACCACCACCUGGGACAGACCCUGGAGGCCGGGGACCUCCUGGACCACCUCUCCACCAGCCUGGCCGUGACCGGGAUGGGUGCUCCGGAGCCUCCCGGGAUGACCACGUCGGCGCACCACCACCAGCACCCUCACCACCACCUGCAGACCAUGGGGCAGCUGCACCAGGCGAUGGCCAACAUGGCCCACCCUCACUCUCUGUCAGUGCACGGCGGCAUGGCGUGCGUCAACGACGUGGAGUCGGAUCCCAGGGAGCUGGAAGCCUUCGCCGAGCGCUUCAAGCAGAGGAGGAUCAAACUCGGAGUGACCCAGGCGGACGUCGGGUCGGCGCUGGCCAACCUCAAGAUCCCCGGAGUGGGGUCUUUGAGCCAGAGCACCAUCUGCAGGUUCGAGUCCCUCACCUUGUCCCACAACAACAUGAUAGCGCUCAAGCCGGUUCUCCAGGCCUGGCUGGAGGAAGCAGAGGCUGCGUACCGGGAGAAAAGCAGCAAGCCGGACCUUUUCAACGGGAACGAGAGGAAAAGAAAGCGCACCUCCAUCGCCGCGCCGGAGAAGCGCUCUUUGGAGGCGUACUUUGCCAUCCAGCCUCGGCCCUCCUCGGAAAAAAUUGCGGCCAUCGCCGAAAAACUGGACCUGAAAAAGAACGUGGUUCGAGUGUGGUUUUGCAACCAGCGGCAAAAACAGAAACGAAUGAAAUACUCUGCGGUGCACUGAGUUUCACACAUCAUGAAUAAAAUAGCCUACUACAUUUUUGAUCGAGUGAUUAAUAAUAGCCUAAGUAGCCUAACUAACAGGGAUUUAUCAACAGCUCCUCACUCAUCUGGGAUUAUCUCCAAAAAGACUUCAAGUUUUUUUUUCCAGUUCGUGUCACUCACUCUUUGUUGUUGCACUUUUUUGGAUUUUGUUAUAUGGGACUCGUAGAUGAUUGUGAUGUGUGAGGAAGAGGAGGAGGAGGAGGGUGUUUAUGAUGUUGUUGAUCAUGUAUCUUGCACACUAAGUAUGAACUUUCAGCAAAUCCACCCUGACAGUUUGUCACAUUCAGGGAUAUUAAGUCACUUUUAUUUUUUAACCAUGGAGUUUAGAGGCUGCGUUUAUGGGCUGUUUAAUUAUCAGCAGUGUUAAAGUGAUGCUGUGUGAAGAAUUUAAAAAAGAAAGAUCAUGGAUUUUUUAUUUGUAAUGUUGGUUGAGUUUAUCCUCCACUUCACUGGCUCACAUGUGCAGAUGUACACCAUCAUAUCCUGAUCUGUGUUCUCACUUAUUUUUGUAAUAAUCCAGACUAAUGUGAGUUCAGUGAUGAGGAGUCCAAUGAUUCACCUUUUAAACCACCAUUUAUUUUAUUUUAUUUUUUGCUGCUCUCUUCGUGAACUGUUUGAUAGUCAUUUACGCACAAAUAUGAAUAAUUCCAGUAAGACUUUCACAAGGUAUGACACACUGAGUCUGUUUUUAUUCAGUUAUUUAGAAAUGGAAAUGACACCGUCAUAUUAUGAGGCACAUCCGUGUGGCUUUGGCUGCUGCUAUAUUUUAGUAUUUUGAUGUGAACAUGUUUUGGAGCAUUACAGGUGAGCUAUAUAUUUAUUAUGUAGCCCAGAUAUAUAUACAGUAUCACCUAAUUUAAGUAUUUAU